AUGAACGCAUAUAGGCAUGUCCUAAGGACGUCGCCGGGUGCUCCGUUGAGAGCCUCGGCCGUUCCCCAUACCUCCCAUGUCAGGUCACCGGCGACCAGCCGGCUGUUGUCCAGCCGCGCUUCCCGUGUCAACACCACCGAAAUUCGCACCUCUCCCGCCACGCCCAUUUCCGCGCAGGAGAUCCCUCUACUAAAGUCGCCUUUUACUCCCAACACGAUACAAGCCCGCUCGUUCCACGCCUCGCCGCGCGCUCUGCAGCAGCAGGAGAAGCCCCAAACGCCAGAGACCGAACCCAAGGCGCAAGAAGAGUCCGCCGAAAAGAAGGAGUCCAAGUCCGACGAAGCAAAGGAGGAGGGCGAGAAGCAGGAGGGCGAGCCCAAGAAGGAAAAGAAGGAGGAUGCGCCGCCUCCACCUCCCCAUGGCGACAAGACUCCUUGGCAGGUUUUCAUGGAGACCAUGCAGACCGAGUUCAAGCAGUCUCAGGAAUGGAACGAGUCGACCAAAGCUUUGGCCGCCUCCGCCAACCAGAUCGCUGAGAGCGAGGCGAUUAGGCGUGCACGACAGGCUCAGGAAGCUGUUUCUUCUACGGCGGGCAAGGUCGUCAAGACCACCGCGACUGCCGUUGGCAAGGGUGCUCAGUGGACCUGGGAGACGCCAGUGAUGAAGGGAGUGCGCAAGGGUGCCAACGUCACCGGAGAGGUUCUCGACAAGGCGACGAAGCCUAUCCGCGAGACCGAGGCUUACAAGAGCGUAAAGGAGGUCAUCGAUGACGGAAGCAGCUCCAGAUAUGGCGGCUGGGCUGAGAAGGAGGAGCGCAGGAAACGCAGAGAGAAGUGGCUGAAGGAGUCAGCUGGCAAGGGUCCUCAAAUCUUUGAGGAAGAUCCCAAUGCCGGAGCCAACGUCGUCGUCCACAAGGAUGCCGCCUGGAAGGAGGCAUGGAGGGAUUUCCGCGACUCCAACAAGGUCGUUCAGAACAUUUUCGGUUUGAAGACUGUCUACGAAGAGUCCGAAAACCCUCUCAUCUCCACUGCCAGGAGUAUCACCGACAAGAUCGGCAGUUUCUUCGCCGAGAACGAAACCGCCCAGGUCAUCAAGAAGCUUCGCGAAGUGGACCCCGGCUUCAACAUGGAGAACUUCCUUAUGGAGUUGCGCGAGUACAUCCUGCCCGAAGUUCUCGAGGCUUACGUCAAGGGUGAUGUUCAGACGCUGAAGCUUUGGCUCUCGGAAGCCCAGUACUCCGUCUACGAGGCUUUGACCAAGCAGUAUCUCACCGCUGGUCUCAAGUCCGACGGACGCAUUCUCGACAUUCGUGGUGUUGAUGUCCUCAAGGCGCGGAUGCUGGACCCUGGUGACAUUCCUGUUUUCGUCAUCACCUGCAGGACUCAAGAGGUUCACGUCUACAAGAACGCCAAGACUGGAAAGCUGGCGGCUGGUAUGGAGGACAAGGUCCAGCUUGUCACUUACGCCAUUGGCAUUACUCGUAUUCCUGACGAUGUCAACAACCCCGAGACCAGGGGCUGGAGGUUGAUCGAGAUGCAGAAGAGCGGACGCGAUUACAUCUAA